UGGGUUAUUGAGAAGGUCCAUGAAAGAACAUAUAUUGGUAACACUACGCGACGGCCCGACCAUGAUAUUUUAGUCUCUGCCUUCUCUGUAUCGCCUCCCAUAAAUUCUCCGUUGAAUUUUCCAAUUCUCUCUGUCUCUCUGUCUCUCUGGUUCUUUGUUUUGUUUGUUAGUUUGACGAUCAUGGAGCUUGAGCACCAAGUUUCUUCCUCCCAAUGAUUCUCUUUUAGAUCCCUUUUUCAAGCCCCAUUGCUCUUUCUCUCUCUCUCUCUCGAUUUCAUUUUCUUUCCCAUUUUCCACCAGAAACAGAGGUGGGAGAAUUAUGGUUUACUCCUACAAAAUGCAAGAAAUUGCAUCAACAAUGGGUUUCACGCUCUCCGAUUUCGCCGAUACUUUGGAACAAGAACGCACCAAAGUUCUAAUGUUUCAGCGCGAGCUCCCUCUCUGUUUGCAGAUCGUUUCCCAUGCCAUUGAUUGCUGCAGGCAGCAGCUAUCGGAGACGACGACGGAGAAUCGUCAAUCCGAGUGCUCCGACCAGACUUCCAGCGACAUGGGUCUUGUUCUUGAGGAGUUCAUUCCGAUUACCAGAAAUGGGGUUUUUGAUUCUGAACAACCACGACACCUCCAUGAAGCUCAAACAGAGAACAACAAGGUUAACGACUCUGAUUUAAACAAUUUGAAUUUGCCUCCCUCCGAUUGGCUCAGAUCUGCUCAGCUUUGGAAUCAGACCUCAGAUCCUUCUACUCUGAGUCAGAACACGAGGGUUGUUGAGGUAAACAGAAAUGGAGGUGCUUUCCAGCCAUUUCAGAAGGAGAAAACCUGUGGUGGCGGAGGGAUGAUGUCGUCGUCUUCAGAUCCGGUUCCGGCUGCGGAGACGGGGUUAGGCGGAAGCAGCCGACGGGAAGAGAAGGAAGCACAGAAUCAGAGGAAACAGAGACGUUGCUGGUCUCCGGAGCUGCACCGGCGGUUCCUUCAUGCGCUUCAGCAGCUCGGAGGCUCCCAUGUGGCGACGCCGAAGCAAAUAAGGGAAUUGAUGAAGGUGGAUGGUCUUACCAACGGCGAAGUCAAAAGUCAUCUACAGAAGUAUCGUCUGCACACCAAAUGUCCGACUCCGACAAUCCACAACAACGAGACCGUCCAACCGCCCCAGUUCCUGGUGGUCGGAGGCAUAUGGGUACCGGCGUCCGACUACGCCACCACUUCCUCCAGAGAAACAGUCAGCGCCGCUACCGCCAACGGAAUAUAUGCACCGGCGGUUGCAACGGCGGCGCCGCAGCCAUUACCCAGUACAGUUCAAAAGCCCAAGCCCAGGCCCAUGAUUCCUUCCUCCUCCUCCGCCGCCGCUGCCGCCGCCGAAUGUAAUUCUUCUACUACAUCUUCCUCUACUCGCACUUCAGUUUCACCUGCUUCUUGAGCUUCGAAGGGUUGAAAUUUUGUUUAUUUUUUCCUUUUUUUCUACACUUUUUGAUGUGUAAAUGUUUUCUUACAACAUUU